ACACGUCAUUUUCACAUUAAUUUCAUUUCCCAAAAAAUCCAAAAAAUUAAUCCCAGUUCGACUAGGAAACGGAUUUGAACAUACAAAACCCACCCGUAUAAAUACGCCCACACAACAAGAAGAACGAAACACAGAAUCCAUUGGCCAAACCAAAACCAAAACCAAAACCAAAACCAAAACUUCCAUUCAAAGUUAUGUAUAUGUCUUCUCACAUUCAAAGGAAACAGAAAAGAAGGCGUAAUGGAUCUGAUUCGAUAGAAGAAAUUUUGUUAAGGUGGAAAUUUUUUUACCAAGACGUUAAUUGUAUAGACGAUCAAGUGAAAAAGAAGAGAAGAAUCCGUGUUAAAGGAUCAACAAAAGGCUGUAUGAGAGGCAAAGGUGGUCCUGAGAAUUCGGGUUGUACAUACAGAGGAGUUAGGCAGAGGACAUGGGGUAAAUGGGUGGCUGAAAUUCGCGAGCCUGUAUAUUUUAGUGGUGAGUAUAAGAGCACUGGUAAGCGACUUUGGCUUGGUACUUUUUCAACUGCUAGUGAAGCUGCUAUUGCUUAUGAUGAAGCUGCUAAGGUUAUGUAUGGAUCUAAUGCCAUACUUAACUUCCCAAAUUAUUGUGACUUGUCGAGUAAGACAUCUUCAUUGGAAUUGAGUGGUAAAUCGUCUGAUGAUCAUGGGGAUUUAGGAGUUGAUAAGACACAGAAUAUUGAAAUUGAGUCGGGUUUAAAAACAUCGGAUACACUAGAUGAUGGUGUGGUUGUAAAUACAGAUUUAGGCAAUUGUGCUAAUAUAGAUGAGAUAUCAGAGAUUCAUCAAGAGUGCUGCAAGGGGAAUCAAGGUUCACCAACUUGUUGCUUGACUGAGGAGGAAUUAGAAGUUAUCCCGGAGGAGAAUUCUGAAAUAGAAGUAAAUGAUGAGUGCAAUUCAGGAAUUUGUUCUACAUCUCAAAAUUCUUGUGUUAAAGUUGAGACACCCAUAGUGGAAGAAAUGGAGAAUGAUGAAUUUGUACAUAAUAAAGAUUUGGAGCGCCUCAACUUUAACGAUGUCUUAAACAGUUUGCUAGAGGACAAAACUGAUGUGAGGCCAACCCUCAUGUUUAGCAAAGAUGUCUUGAGGACUGAUGAAAUUUGUAACUCCACCGAUCAAAUUGUACGACAGGAAAUGGAUAAAUACAGUUACUCAAUGAACAUAUCAGAAGAACAACCAUUGGACUUCAGGUCUUCUGAAAACAGGAGAGAAGAUUUUAGUAAUCAUAUCAAAUACAUGGAACGUUGUCUAAUGGAAGACAGUAGUCCAAUGGAAGCAACAACAAUAUCAGAUGCAUUUUGUUUGACAGAGAGCUAUAAGGAAGCUUACAGUUUUCAGAGGUUUUUAGAAGAAUCGUUUGAGCUAAACUAUGCAGAGACUGAGGAGCAAUUUGAUUACACAUACGAUCAGCAAAUUAACCUGCAGAACUCGGAGACACGUUCUCAGAUUCGAUCAGAUGGAAUAAUUAGUAACCAGGCUGAUUGGAAGGAGCAAAACUUGGAUGUUUUCGGAUUAGAUGACUGGAGCAGGCAAUAGUUGGCAACCGGGGGAUAAUAUUGAACAUUUGUCUAUGUUCAGCUUUGAUUUUGAUAUAUCGUCCUUUAUUAAUGAUAUUAAUUAGUAAAUUAUAGUGUUACAACUUUCAGUUCAUCAUCCUUCCCAUAUUUUUGUAAUUGUAGUCUGCGGAAAUAGAGAUUAGAAAGUUUAUAUUGGCUACAAAGGGUCUUUUCUCUAUUACUAUAAUAGAAUUCAAAGGGGAAAAAACAGAUUUUUGAUUUUCUAAUCUACUAUUCUAUUCAUCUUA